UAACCCCUCUCCACCCCCAGCCCCGCGUCUCUUAUCCGUCCGCACGCGCGACUUUGGAUCACCAGGAUGUUUAUGAUGAUGCUGAUGCUGAUGCUGUUUCUGCGCGAUGCAAAGAUUUGAGCUUAAAGAAGACAAACGUCGGAAAAUAGCCAGUUCUUAAAAAAAAAUACUUCUGAGAAUAUUAAAAAGACCCAACAGAUUUGGGAUAUACACUUUUUACACAAUCCGAUUUGUUACUAUUUGAAACAUUUGCUUCCCUACUUAUGUCCCGCAAAUCCUCCGUACAUGACUACACCCUCCGCAGCAUGACCAACCUGAUGGGCGAGAGGAGGAAGAAAGCGGGAGGAGGCGGCGAUGACGGCGGGGAACGGACGCUCAUCACCGCUCCGUCUAACACGAGCCUCACGAGCCUGACCGCCUCCGCCUCCUCGCGCGCAUCCUCCGAAGCCGCGUGCGCUGCCUCCACCGGAGACUUAGAGCGCGCUGCACGGAAGAACUUCCAGCGUGAUGGUGCGCCGGCCUACGUACGCGUGUUGGCGCUUCUCUCUGCGCUCGGCGGCUUCCUGUCCGGAUACGACGCUGGUGUGGUGUCCGGAGCCAUGUUGCUCCUCAAGCGGGAGCAAAACAUCACGCUGCCGUGGCACGAGCUGCUCGUCUCGGGCACUGUAGCCGCCGCCGCUCUCUCCGCUUUCGCUGGAGCUUUUCUGAACGACGUGUUCGGCAGAAGAACAUGUGUACUGCUCGCCAGCUUCGCCUUCUUUAUCGGCGGGAUCGUGAUGGGCUCUGCGCCAAAUAAAGAGGCUGUUUUAAUCGGCAGGCUUAUUGUCGGUAUCGGCAUCGGAAUCAGCUCCAUGACUGUUCCUGUAUAUAUUGCUGAGUCUUCACCGCCGCAAAUGAGAGGACAACUGGUCACCAUCAACACACUCUUCAUCACAGCAGGCCAGUUUGUGGCCAGCCUUAUUGAUGGAGCAUUCAGCUAUGUACAACAUGGAGGAUGGAGAUAUAUGCUGGGCCUGUCAGCCUUGCCUGCUCUGGUGCAGUUCCUGGGAUUCCUCUUUUUGCCUGAAAGCCCUCGUUGGCUCAUCCAGAAGGGUCUUACCCAGAAGGCUCGGCGUGUGCUCAGCCAGAUUCGAGGCAACCAGAACAUUGACGAGGAAUAUGACAGCAUCAAGAGCAGCAUUGAGGAAGAGGAGAAAGACGGUGCAGGAGAGGGCCCAGUGAUUUGGCGUAUGGUGACCUAUCCUCCUGCCCGGCGUGCGCUCAUUGUGGGUUGUGGACUUCACAUGUUCCAGCAGCUCUCUGGCAUCAACACAGUGAUGUACUACAGUGCCACCAUUUUGCAGAUGUCUGGAGUGCGGGAUGAUAAACUGGCAAUCUGGCUGUCCUCACUGACCACAUUUACUAACUUUCUGUUCACACUGCUGGGUGUGUGGAUGGUGGAAAAGGUGGGAAGAAGAAAACUGACUCUUGGCAGCUUUGUUGGGACUUGUUUAAGUCUAUGUCUCCUGGCUGUUGGAUUCCUGCUCUCUGCUCAGCACUCUCCCCCUGUCACCCUUCAUAAUGCUGACCAUCCUCUGGCCAACACCAGCUGCUCCACAUAUCUGUCAUGUGAACUGUGCAUGCUGGAUCCAAGCUGUGGCUUUUGCUACCAGCAGAACAGCACCGCUGUGUUCGCUUCCUCCUGUGUGACAGUCAAUCAGGCCUCCACAGAGAGAGCAGCGUGGGGCAGGUGCUCAAACUCCAGCUCCAACAGUUUUUGGGCUUAUAAUUUCUGCCCAACCUACUACUCUUGGGUGGUUCUCCUGGGUCUUAUUCUUUACUUGGCUUUCUUUGCUCCAGGACUGGGCCCAAUGCCAUGGACUGUUAAUUCAGAGAUUUACCCGCUGUGGGCAAGAAGCACAGGCAACGCCUGCUCAGCUGGUGUGAACUGGACAUUCAACGUGCUAGUGUCUCUGACUUUCCUACACAUAGCGCAAUACCUCACCUACUAUGGUGCAUUCUUUCUAUACUCGAGCUUGGCUCUGCUGGGCUUCUUCUUCGUUUACGGCUGUCUCCCUGAGACGAAAGGCCGUCGGCUAGAGGAGAUCGAGUCGCUGUUUGAAACCCGCCUGUGCUCUUGUGGUGCAUCAGACUCAGAUGAGGGCCGGCAGGUGGAAUACAUCCGGGUUAAGGGAUCAAAUUAUCACCUGUCAGAUAAUGAUGGUUCAGAUGUGGAGUAAACUUCAGGUGAAAGGUCAAAGAACACUCAGUAGAUCCUCUCUCAGCUCUGCACGCGGCAUGAAGAGAAGAGCUUUUCAGCUUCACCCCACCAUGACAUCAGGCCCAUCUGUAGCAGUCAGGCUUCAUCUUACAAAUGCUGCACUCCACGUUAAGGGAUAAAUGGAAUUGACAUAUCCAAACAUACAAAUACAAUAACAGAGCUACACCUGCUUUUGUGAGAUGUCAUUUAAAAGUAUUUGAGUUGGAUACUGCAGUGAUCAGAGAUACUGACAGUAUAUUGACAAAUGUUACACAACUUUUACUGUUCUCACUGAAGUACAAUGUGUUUGCUACAGUAUACAGACCAACUGUCAGUCGAUUAUGGUAGUCUUAUGUUUUUGUGAAGAUGCUAGGCUUUGGCAUUUGCAACGUCCUCUUACCACAGCGUUCAGUUCAUUUAUGCAAACAACAUUUUGUGAAAUAGUUCAAAUUUUGUAGCAUAGCAUGGGUUGUAACCUGGAUUGUCUUAUGCUGUUUCAAGGAGCAGCUAUUUUAUCACAAAAUUGUAUUUGGAGCUGAGAGUGUUGGAGUUGAUUUGUUCAGAAUUUAGAAACCGAAACAUUUUUGCAUUCCUUUAGUGUAUAAUGACCUCCUUAGUCUGUUUUUCAUAUCUGUACUCAACUCAAACCCAUGUAUAACAUUGUUAUUUGAUUCAACUUAAUUUAGUCUUCCUCAUAGCCUUGUGUACAAAUGGCUUUGCAUCUCAUUGCUCUCGUCCAUGUAAGAGUGGAAAAUGUUUUGACGAGUAGUGUAAUAUCCAAUGUUAUGUUUAUAUUGUACUGCCGUGAGUAAACACCUUGAUAGUUUGGUACACAUAGAAAAGUGCCAAGCAGACAUAUUGUGGCUAUAUGUGUAACAAAGCAUUAAUGGGUAUUGUAAAAGCAACAAUAUCAAACAAACUGACACAAGCUCGUUUUAAUGCUAUUACUGUUGAAUGUGUAAUACGUGUUUGUUCACUGUUAGCACAAACAGAUAACAUAAUUGUGUUUCAUGUUUAACACUAAAGUAUGCUGAGUUUCCCAAAGGCAGAAGCACACUAUAGAGCGGUUACUUCAGUCAGGUUUUAAUCAGGUAUGUUUAUAUCAGUUCUGAUUAUUGCAGUGAGAGAGAGAAUGUUUCAGAAAGUAUAUUAAUGCCAGUUUAUUUGGAAUUUGUAAGAGUUUUACUGACCAGACGUUAGGGUGUGCACAUCUUUUAGAAUGUAUUUGAUGCUGUGGAAGGUUUUGAAGUCAACAAGUCAUUGUGAUUCUUUGAUGAGAGAGAUCUAAUCUAUCUUGUGGGUGUGUGUGUGUUUUCUAUGUAAAAUUAGUACUUUUAUUACUAUUAUUAUUAUCAAACAG